CUAACAAGCAAGAUGUCUACUAAUGAGAAUGCCAAUGUAGCAGCAGCUCGCUUGAACAGAUUCAAGAACAAAGGAAAGGAUACUACAGAAAUGAGAAGGCGGCGUAUUGAAGUCAAUGUAGAGCUGAGGAAAGCUAAGAAAGAUGACCAGAUGCUUAAAAGAAGAAAUGUUAGCACUCUACCAGAUGAUGCGACUUCUCCGCUUCAGGAAAACAGGAGCAAUCAGGUUUCAGCACACUGGUCAGUUGAAGAAAUAGUCAGAGGAGUUAAUAGUAAUAAUAUGGAGCUUCAGCUACAGGCUACUCAAGCUGCCAGGAAACUCCUCUCAAGAGAGAAGCAGCCCCCCAUAGACAACAUAAUUCGUGCUGGUUUGAUUCCAAAGUUUGUCUCCUUCUUGGGUAGAGCAGACUGUAGUCCUAUUCAGUUUGAGUCUGCCUGGGCGCUUACCAACAUUGCUUCUGGCACAUCAGAACAAACAAGGGCUGUAGUAGAUGGAGGGGCUAUUCCAGCCUUUAUUUCACUGCUGGCCUCUCCCCAUACUCACAUCAGUGAACAGGCUGUGUGGGCAUUAGGAAACAUUGCAGGGGAUGGCUCUACCUAUAGAGACCUGGUUAUUAAAUUUGGUGCAAUUGAGCCACUGCUGAGUCUACUAGCAGUUCCUGAUCUCUCUUCUCUGGCUUCUGGAUAUUUACGCAAUGUUACCUGGACCCUCUCAAACCUAUGUCGUAAUAAGAAUCCUGCACCGCCCAUAGGAGCUAUUGAGCAGAUUCUUCCAACUCUCGUUCGCCUCCUACAUCAUGACGAUCGUGAGGUGUUAGCAGACACAUGCUGGGCACUCUCCUAUCUAACAGAUGGUUCCAAUGACAGGAUAGAAGUUGUAGUGAAAACUGGAUUGGUGCCACAACUUGUGAAACUCCUGGGAUGUAGUGAACUGCCAAUAAUGACUCCUUCAUUAAGAGCCAUAGGAAAUAUUGUCACUGGUACUGAUGAGCAGACGCAGAUUGUUAUCGAGUCGGGAGCACUAUCCGUCUUCCCAAGUCUCCUUUCUCAUCACAAAAACAACAUUCAGAAAGAAGCAGCAUGGACAAUGUCCAACAUCACUGCUGGGCGACAGGACCAGAUUCAGCAAGUUGUAGACCAUGGUCUGGUACCUUAUCUCAUUGGUAUUCUGAGGAAGGGGGAUUUCAAAUCUCAAAAGGAAGCUGUGUGGGCUGUGACUAACUACACAAGUGGUGGAACAAUUGACCAGAUCGUGUAUCUCGUUCAGGCGGGUGUUGUUGAACCCCUACUGAAUCUCCUCUCGGCUAAAGACAGCAAAACUGUGCUAGUUAUUCUGGAUGCUGUUUCUAAUAUCUUCUUGGCUGCUGAGAAGAUUAAUGAGACUGAAAAACUGUGUCUCAUGAUUGAGGAGUGCGGGGGUCUAGACAAAAUUGAAGCUCUUCAGUCACAUGAAAACGAACAAGUGUACAAAGCCUCAUCCACCCUGAUUGAGAAAUACUUCUCGGCAGAAGAGGAAGAAGACCAAAAUGUUGUGCCAGAAUCUACUGCUGCCAGCUACACUUUCCACAUUCAGGGCAAUACUCCAGAUACUUUCAACUUCUAG